AUGGGUCCAAGAAUUUGGGUGUGCUCUCUGGUUAUUUCCAUCCCAGUACUGAUUAUAGCAGCUCAGACAAAUAACCAGGAUUAUGUUGCUCUACAGUCUCUUCAGGCUAUAUGGCAAAACACACCACCCAAUUGGGUUGGGCCAGAUCCAUGUGGUGCUGGUUGGGAUGGAAUUAGGUGCAACAAUUCCCGUGUGACUUCUAUAACAUUGGCAAGCAUGAAUUUGACUGGUCAGCUGUCUGGAGACAUCCAGGAGUUGGCUGAAUUACAGAUUCUGGAUCUUUCAUACAAUAAAGGAUUAACUGGAUCUCUUCCUUCAUCGAUUGGAAAAUUGAAGAAGUUAGCAAGAUUAAUCGUGGUUGGUUGUGGUUUUUCUGGUCUGAUACCAGACACGAUAGGAUCUCUACAACAGCUGCUUUCUUUGUCUCUGAAUUCCAACAACUUCAUUGGAGGAAUACCUCCUUCCAUUGGUAGUCUAAUAAAUCUUUAUUGGUUGGAUAUAGCUGACAACAAGCUCAGUGGCACUAUCCCAGUAUCUGAUGGAAACACACCUGGUCUUGAUAUGCUGGUCCAUACAAAGCAUUUUCAUUUUGGACAGAAUCAUCUUUCCGGUGAAAUCCCUCCACGGCUUUUCAACUCAAAUAUGACUCUCAUUCAUGUGCUUUUUGAAAGCAACAAUCUCAUUGGCAACAUCCCUUCCACAAUAGGACUUGUACAGACUUUGGAGGUGUUACGUCUUGACAGGAAUGCAUUAAGUGGAACUGUCCCACGAAACCUCAACAGCCUUAGUCUUCUCAAAGAGCUGUACUUGUCAAACAACAAACUGACUGGUGCCUUGCCCAAUUUAACUGGCCUGAAUUCCCUCAACUACAUGGAUCUGAGCAACAAUAGUUUUACUGCGUCUGCUGUUCCAUCAUGGGUUUUGACCCUACAGUCUUUGACAACACUAGUUAUGGAACGCGUACAACUUGAAGGACAAGUUCCAGUUGGCCUCUUCAGCCUCCCUCUCUUGCAGACUGUCAUACUGAAGAACAACCAGCUCAAUAGCACUUUGGAUAUUGGCCCCAGCUACAGCAAUCAACUGCAGCUCGUUGAUUUGCAGAACAAUUAUAUUUCUGCUUAUGCACAGAGAGUGGGAUACAAUAAGGAGUUGAUACUUGUAGGUAACCCAAUUUGUCAGGAAACAGGACAGACAGAAAACUACUGUGUCAUUCCCCAGCCCUCCAAUUCCUCAUAUUCAACUCCUCCAAAUAAUUGCUUCCCUACUACAUGUGGUUCAAAUCAGUUAUCCAGCCCCAACUGUAAAUGUGCAUAUCCAUACACAGGCACCCUAACUUUCAGAGCUCCUUCCUUCUCUGACCUGGGAAAUUUGAGUAUUUAUACAUCCCUUCAAAAUUCUAUGAUGGCUCAGUCUCAUCAACUCCCUGUGGAUUCUGUUUCUCUGAGUAAUCCAACCAAAAAUUUAGAUGAUUACCUUGUACUGGACGUGGGAAUUUUCCCAUCUGGCCUAAACAGUUUCAACCGAAGUGGAAUUUCUGGAAUAGCGUUUAUGUUAAGCAACCAAACUUUCAAGCCUCCCAGCGGAUUUGGACCCUUUUUCUUCAUUGGUGAUGACUAUGGAAACUUUGCAGGUAUAUCUCCAGGAACACAUAAAUCAACAAGUACUGGCGUCAUCAUCGGAGCAGCUGUUGGUGGCUCUGUUCUUGUGAUAUUAGUACUCCUCGCAGGAGUUUAUGCUUUCCGUCAAAAGAGAAGAGCUGAAAGAGCCGAUAAACAGAAUAAUCCUUUUGGCACCCUAACUUUCAGAGCUCCUUCCUUCUCUGACCUGGGAAAUUUGAGUAUUUAUACAUCCCUUCAAAAUUCUAUGAUGGCUCAGUCUCAUCAACUCCCUGUGGAUUCUGUUUCUCUGAGUAAUCCAACCAAAAAUUUAGAUGAUUACCUUGUACUGGACGUGGGAAUUUUCCCAUCUGGCCUAAACAGUUUCAACCGAAGUGGAAUUUCUGGAAUAGCGUUUAUGUUAAGCAACCAAACUUUCAAGCCUCCCAGCGGAUUUGGACCCUUUUUCUUCAUUGGUGAUGACUAUGGAAACUUUGCAGGUAUAUCUCCAGGAACACAUAAAUCAACAAGUACUGGCGUCAUCAUCGGAGCAGCUGUUGGUGGCUCUGUUCUUGUGAUAUUAGUACUCCUCGCAGGAGUUUAUGCUUUCCGUCAAAAGAGAAGAGCUGAAAGAGCCGAUAAACAGAAUAAUCCUUUUGACAAAAGCAACGGAGGCGUUCCUCAGUUAAAAGGAGCAAGAUUUUUCUCAUUUGAGGAGCUCAAGAGAUGCACAAACAACUUCUCAGAAACCAAUGAUCUUGGAUCUGGUGGCUAUGGAAAGCAUCUCUCUCUCUCGCCUCCAGGUAUAUCUCCAGGAACACAUAAAUCAACAAGUACUGGCGUCAUCAUCGGAGCAGCUGUUGGUGGCUCUGUUCUUGUGAUAUUAGUACUCCUCGCAGGAGUUUAUGCUUUCCGUCAAAAGAGAAGAGCUGAAAGAGCCGAUAAACAGAAUAAUCCUUUUGACAAAAGCAACGGAGGCGUUCCUCAGUUAAAAGGAGCAAGAUUUUUCUCAUUUGAGGAGCUCAAGAGAUGCACAAACAACUUCUCAGAAACCAAUGAUCUUGGAUCUGGUGGCUAUGGAAAGGUAUAUAAAGGAACUCUUCCCAGCGGACAACUGGUUGCCAUCAAAAGAGCUCAACACGGAUCUAUGCAGGGUGGUCUUGAGUUUAAAACUGAGAUUGAGCUUCUUUCAAGGGUUCAUCACAAGAAUGUUGUCAGCCUAGUGGGCUUCUGUUUCGAGCAAGUUGAACAGAUGCUGGUCUACGAGUAUAUUCCAAAUGGUACACUGAAGGAAAGUCUUUCAGGGAAGUCAGGAAUCAGAUUGGACUGGAUGAGGAGACUUAGAAUAACCCUUGGAGCAGCCAGGGGUAUUCAGUAUUUGCAUGAUCAUGCUAAUCCUCCCAUCAUACAUAGGGACAUCAAAACAAACAAUAUUUUACUGGAUGAACGCUUGACCGCAAAAGUUGCUGAUUUCGGUCUUUCCAAACCUAUGGAUGACUCUGAAAAGGGUCAUGUCACCACUCAAGUCAAGGGGACAAUGGGCUACAUGGAUCCUGAAUAUUACAUGACUCAACAUUUGACUGAGAAGAGUGAUGUUUAUAGCUUUGGAGUGGUAAUGCUGGAGAUGAUAACUGCAAGAAGUCCCAUUGAGAAAGGGAAAUACAUUGUAAGAGAGGUGAAGCAAGCAAUGGAUAGGACCAAAGAACUAUAUAACCUUCAUGGAAUUCUUGACCCAGCCAUCGGUUUGAACAGUACUGCACCAAAAAGUUUAGAGAAGUAUGUGGAUCUGGCAUUGAGGUGUCUCGAAGAAACAGGAUUUCUCAGGCCAGCAAUGAGAGAGGUGGUGAAAGAGAUUGAGAACAUCAUGGAAUUGGCUGGACUGAACCCCAAUGCUGAAUCUGCAUCAACUUCAGCAAGCUAUGACGAGGGAGGUAAGGGGUUCGACCAUCCUUACAGCAAUGAAAGCCUCUUUGAUUAUAGUGGAAUCUAUCCACCCUCAAAGUUAGAGCCCAAGUAAAGAUCAUUGUUUUACCUCCAAGAUGAGGAUGUGUAUACAGUUUAUUGGUUUUCACUAACUGGAACAUUUAAUUUGUUCUGGCCUUAUGGUAUUUCAACAUGCUAAAGAACCAGAACUGUAUUUAUUCAAAUUCUGUCUAGUUUUCUGGGGGUGGUGAGGGGUUGCAGCCAGCUUGUUAAUAUACUAGAAAAACACUGCAGUUUAAAUCUGAAAGGCCGUGAGAGGAGAUGAAGCAGAAAACAUAAGGCAAAAACUAUCUAUUUUUGUAGAAGCUCCAUUUAUGCAAGUAAUCUCUAUUCCUUCUAGCCAAUGAUCAAAAUUUUAUUGCGGUUGAUUGUUUCGGUUUUUGCAAACUAGUUUACAAGAGUUUCAUAUGCUUAUCGAAGUUGUAACAAUACGCAUUACUAUGAAGAA